AUGCCCCGCAAAAAGGCCCAACCUGCCCUGGCAGCCAAUGGCGGUCCCUCGAGUCCCUCCAGCAUGACACCAAUGGACAGCGCAGCAGCAGAUGAGACAAUAGGGGAAAGCUCGUUCGUAUCACAAGCAGCAGUAGGAGCAGGCGUGACACCACAGCAGAGGGGAGGGGUCAUCACAGAGUCAAUGCAGAAGCAGAUGGGGGGACCAGAGGGGAUCGAUCAAUUUGAGCUGCCGAGGGCAGUGGUGACCAGAGUGGCAAAAGCAGAGCUGCCAGACAGUGUGCAAAUACGAAAAGAUGCCAUUCUCGCCGUUUCAAAGUCGGCUACAAUCUUCAUCAGCUACCUAGCGGCCGUGGCAGACGAGAUUGCCAAGCAAGACUCGCGCAAGACGAUCAGCACACAAGACGUCCUCGAAGGUCUUGCCCUCAUGGAAUUCCCCGCCGAAGUGCAAAGCAAGCUCAAAGCGGAGCUGAAAGCCUACAGGAGCUCCCAAGAGCAGACAAAGAGGGAAAAGGCCGAGGCGGCUGCUUCUGGCUCUGCUCUGCCUGCUGGUGCGGGAGGGGAGGAUGGAGAGGAGGAGGAGGACGAUGAGGAGGAAGCGGUCAUGGCUGAUGCUGCUGAUGGGGAGGAGCAGACGAGUAUGAUGCUGGGCGAGGGAGAGGAAAGACCACGUGCUCAGCCUGCUGGGGAGCAAGACGUGGAUGAGGAGGAUGAGGAUACAGAGCAAAGGAUGGCUGAAGAAGGGGCGGAUGAGGGCGAAGAGGAAGACGAGGAGAUGGGCGACGAAGAAGGGUGAGGGGGAGACCCCCACCACACAGUCUCAUUUUGACCAUAUAGCUCUGUACCACUUUACCCUGUAGCCGCUUCCGCUCACAACACUGCUUAGCACAAUCGUAUACACUAUCACAAUCCUCUAGGUAUGAAUGCUGCAAAUGCUAUAAAUUCUUUCACCUCUCCCUCUCUUUAUUUUUUCUAUGCCCCCUCCAUUCACCUAGUCCUCCUCCUGCUCGCCUCGUCCAUUCUCAUCCCCCUUCUCCACCCUGCUUCUCCAACCAAGCGCUCCCCUGCAUCUUUAAUUUUCGCUCAAAUUGCUCCAGCCAUUUUUGUAAAAGGGGAACGGUUUGCGGUGCCGAAUCGGGGGCAAAGGAGGAGAGGUAGGAGAAGAUAUUUUGCGCUGAAAGGGUGUUAGGGGUGAGGGGGAGGAGGU